UGUGAAAAGGAUUCUCUUCCGGUGGUUGAUAGCCGGCUUUGUAUCCUCGUACCGGCGGCUUUUAAAACGCGAUUCUCGUGGCUUUACCCUUAUGAGUCUUUUUAUUUGCCCUUUCAGAUUUCUUUCAAUUUCUUCCAAAUUUAUCUAAUCUCGAGCUAGAUUCUUACCGAUUCCUUCUUUCGAUCAUCAAACAGAUCACGUUUUCGCUCAAAUCGUAUUCUCCUCUCUCGAUUGAUUUCAAUUUCAGUUCUUAGCUUUCCGUAAUUCUGAUUCUAGGGUUAGGGUUUCGAAAAAUUCGGACCGCGAGCUCUUCGCCGCCGAUCUGUCCAUCCUUCCGCGGUCGAUCGAACUUUCUCUGUCUUUGUCUUUUUCGUUUGUUAGUUUUGUCGUCCGAUCGGCUUUAAUUUUGUAGAUUAUUUCGAUCUUUUUGAAUUUAUAGGGUUUCGGGUUCUCGAAUUCUUGGACGGGGUUUUGAUUAUCAGAUCUCAGGGGAAAUAGGUAUAUACUUCGGUGAAUUGUUGUCUUCUUUUUGGAUCGGUUGUAAUUUUGUGGAUUUCUUUCGUGUUCUUUAGUAUCUAGGGUUAGGGUUUCGGAGAAAUCAUUCCUUUCGUUUUCUCGCGAAUCGGUCGAGGAGAUCGUACCUUCCCUUCGAGAAAUCACGCUCGCUUCUUGAUCUUAUUGUCCGUGAGGAGUUCGGAUCUAGCGGGAUAUUCAUUUCGUCGCCUUUUUUUUCACUUGUCCGAAGCUUUUAAUCGGACUAUAUAUUUUUUUUAAAGUUAAACAUGGUUUAUAAACGACCAUUUGGUGAUGAAGAGUCCUAUGAACUUGCUUUCAAGCACCCAAGGCGAUUGGAUUACAGUCGCCAACUGUUCUCAUUUGUUGAAGCUGUUCCCUGUAAUGACAUCCCUCAGGAUCCUCAAGCUUCAGUUGGUGAAGGUGAAGGUGAAGGUGAAGCUGAAGCUGAAGCUGCAUUCAGUAAAGCUCAAGGGUUUGAAAGGAUUGUAAGCAGCACCACUACUGAAGAGUGUACUGGGGCUGAUAAGGAGGUUGUCUCACCUGCUCCUCUCGGUAUCUCUGGCUUGUCAUGGGUAACCAGCAAUACAAGCGAAGAAAAUUCCAGGCCAGAGACUGCAGCUAGAGCAUCUUUCUCCCCAGAUUUCUCUGAACCUGACUAUGCUGCAAGGGUGAUGGGUCAGUCUGAUGAGAUUUAUUCGUUGCUUUUGGGUUAUCCACCUCGAAAACCAGUUCCUGUUGGACCUGAUCAUCAAGCGGAUGUUCCUGCAUGGGGCAUUUGGGGUGUCAAGAAAGCUUCUAGUUACUUAGAUGAGCCUGAUCCAGUUUCCCUGAAUCAGGCUUCAAGUUCAGACAUAUUGAUGGAUGAUGACAAUGGGGAGAAGAUGAUGGGGACUUGUAUCAUUCCAAUGCAUGACUCAGAGCCAUCUUCUUACAGUGGUGAUGAAUUUGGAAGUGGCAGAGCGGACUGCACCUGUCUAGAUGGUGGUUCCAUCAGGUGUGUGAGACAGCAUGUCAAGGAAGCAAGGGAAAGGCUUAAAGGAACUCUUGGUCAGGAGAGAUUUGUGGGGUUGGGAUUCUGUGAAAUGGGAGAAGAGGUAGCACAGAGAUGGAGUGAAGAGGAAGAACGGGUUUUCCUACAGGUUGUGUUCUCCAAUCCUGUAUCUUUGUGCAAGAACUUCUGGGACCAUCUCUCAGUAGUCUUCCCUUCUCGGACGAGGAAGGACCUUGUCAGUUACUAUUUCAAUGUCUUUAUGCUACGGAAGCGAGCUGAGCAGAACAGAACCAUCCCACUGAACAUUGACAGUGACAAUGAUGAGUGGCAGGAAAGUGAUGAUGGCGAGGAGUUUGGAACAACAGAGGAUUGUGAAGACUCUGUAGUUGAGUCACUGGUUGAUCAAGAGGAUCCUGGGUAUAAGCAAGAGGACCACGAAAAGUAUUUCAAUGAUGAUGAUGAGGAUGGAGAAGAGAUGUAUGAUGAUGAUGAUGAUGAUGAUGAUGAUGAUUUGGAGGGUGCUGAGGGUUCUGCUGGUGAAGAGGAUGGGAAUGUUUCAGAAGCAUAUAUUGAGAAAUUGCCUGAUGGCUGCAGCUUCAAUCCUGCAGUUAAGCUUGGAGUAACACAUCCACAUGAUGGUGGGGAAGAUAAUGAUGUCCAAGAUGAUUCUUGCACAUCCUAUGAGUGUCAACACAGUGGGGCUGAUUCCAGUGGUCCAGUUGAUGCAGGGGUUAUAAUGCAAGAGAGUCGACCUGAGAGCAGUGGUAACAAGGUCUUGCAAAGCACAUACGAUGGUUUAAGUAGUGGAGCCGAACAUGGAUAUUGUUUGGAGCCAUGUGAUGCUAAAGUUUGGGACAUUGGAUAUCUCACCGGUCCAAAAAAUGAUGCCGACUUCUUGCCGACAUGCAGUAUGAUUGAAGAGGUGUUUGGGGAGGAAGCUUGGAAUAACAACAAGGGCAUCAGCUAGAGUUUAACUUUGAGAGUGUGCCUUAUGCUUCCUUUGCAUUGAAGGUGGCUUUUGGUGAAGCAGUAGGGGACAUCUUGAUACUAUUGUGGUCUCUGUCAAAGGAGGAGAAAAAUAAAAAUCAGUAGGGUAUUGUGGUCUGGUGGUGGGCUCGGCAGGAGAAAUUAUUUUUUUCUGUUGAGCAGCGUAGGUGGAGUCCAAUUUUUGUUUUUUGUACAUUUCAUACUACUGUGGAAAAUAGAAGCCCUGCCUUACUGUAAAAUAGUGUUUUUAUAAGGUGGGUGGUUGGUUGGUUGGUUGGUUGGUUUCCAAGAGUUCUGUUUAAGGUGCUUACCUUAGAAUCUAAAGACCGUUUCUGGAUUGCCCAACCUUUUACCACCCACCUUCAAAGGGCUAAAACACCCACACUUUGUAAUCUCUUAGGAAGCGUAUAUAUUGAUUGACAAAUUGAUUUAGUUAGAGAGACCUGGGUUUUAUAAGAAAAUUUGUUCUUGUUACUA